CCUUAAUACUCCAUCCUCCGUUGCAUUCUCUUUCGCAGAAAGAGUCGAUUGGGAAUUGAGAUGGAUGUGAGAGGCGAGAAAGAGUCGAAGAUGGAUGAACGAAGCGGACAGAGGAGCAAAUAUCGUCCUCUUCGUUUAGCACGAAGCAGAGGUUGGAGCUAAGGAGACGACCGAGCCUGGAGAACUGAAGCUGCGAGGAGCACGGAGUCGGAUUGACAACCGAUUUCAUCUAAAGCGGCGAAAUAGAGUAGAUCGACACGGUUUCAAGGGCAUUGAGUGAAGGUGAUUCAUUGAUGGAACUUGGGAAGCUGAGAGAAGCAAUACCAUUUUAUACAAAAGUAAUGGAUGGAAUGCCAUUCCGGAAUGAACUUCAUGGACGUGCUGCUUUGCAGUGGUCUAUUUGUCAAGAUUCACUCCAAAGACCAGACGAAGCUCGAACCAUGUAUGAAAAACUUCAGUCACAUCCUAGUGUUCAAGUGCGCAAAAAAGCACGGAAUUUUGUAUACAGCUUUGAGAUAUACAUGGACCCCCGGCUCUCUACGGACGACGACGAGGAACAAGAGGGGCCUAUUGCUUCUUCCUCCCUUGCCCAACUCUCACUAUCAUCCUCGAGGGAUGCUCUUAAACCUACAUUGUUGAAAGAAAAAUUUGAAGUUAGGGUCCAGAGCAUCGGUGCAUCGGUGCAGGGGGAUCCGGAAGUGUCUACAUGUGCCCAGCUAGAAAUACCGGUGAACAAUACGCUGUGAUAGUCAUACAUCACAAGGAGUUCAGUUCCCAUGUUGACUUCACGGCGAGGAGAGAGCUUGAAAUAAUGACCUGAGGCGACAACAUCGUCAAGUUCAUCGAAUGCAUUAGGGACUCGGCGUCUUGGUAUUUCGUUAUGCAGUUCCUCACGGGCGGAAACGUCACACAACACCUCACAGCGAAGAAAAGGUGCUCUGAAGCCAAGGCCGCCAACAUUAUCAGAGACGUGGGCAUUCAGGUAAUUAACUAACUACUCCGUA